UCAAUUUAAUAUUCACAAUUAACCGUCCAAUCAACUAUUGUAAAAGUAUUUCCAGUCAGAGAAUAAAAGUGAAAAAUACGCAGCCUAUCAGCUUCCAAGAAGCAACACCCUAUAAUCGUGUGAAUGAAAAUAACUCAAGUCCUCCACUAAUCCCUGCCUAUCCUUUUUAUCUCAGGAUGCCGACCGGUCAGAGCAGUAUGGAGCUUUGAGCCUGCACAGCACCACGAUGCAUCCAUGAGCUGUAGCGCCUAUUUGUUUUCCUUGUAGUUUAGCUGUUAGUAGCUUGCAGGAGUUCAAAAUGAGUCGACUUUUGACUGCUGCUUUUUGUCUGGCUUUAGUUUUUCUUCCUGCGUUGUGCAGCUCGUGUCCUGCACAAUGCAGCUGCUUCUUCCACAAAUUAAGCGACGGAUCAAAAGCAAGAAGUGUACUUUGUAAUGAUCCAGAGAUCACUGUGAUUCCUCCAAAUUUUCCCACCGACACAUCGAAGCUUCGCAUCGAAAAGACAUCAAUCGCACGGAUUUCACCCAACAACUUCCACUACCUCAGCAACCUGGAGUUUCUGUGGAUGUCUUUCAAUUCACUGAAUUCACUGAAUGUUGAGAGUUUCCGGGGACUUUACAACCUCGAUGAGCUCAGGUUGGAUGGCAACGCCCUCACUUCCUUCCCCUGGGAGUCUCUGACUGAUAUGUCAAACCUGAGGCUGCUCGACUUACACAACAACAAGCUCUCCACCAUCCCUGCUGAAGCCGCCGUGUACAUAAAGAAUAUCACCUAUCUGGAUUUAUCCAGCAACAGUCUGACAACUGUUCCUGCUGAUGUUCUCACGAUGUGGCUGAGUGUGAAGCCAUCCCAGGAUGCUGAUUCCUCCAAACUAAUUCUCGGUCUCCAUGACAACCCAUGGCUGUGUGACUGCCGGCUAUACGAUUUGGUCCAGUUUCAGAAGUCCCCAUCAUCAUCAGUGGCUCUCAUCGACACCAGGCUGUGGUGCGCCGAUCCGGAGAGCCUGUCAGGUGUUCUUUUCACCGAAGCGGAGCUGCAGAGGUGCCAGGGCCCUCGGGUGCACACAGCUGUGGCUCGUGUACGAAGCUCACUGGGCAACAACGUCCUGCUGCGGUGUGGCACAGUUGGAGUCCCCAUCCCUGAGCUGUCCUGGAGCCGUGCUGAUGGCAAGAAAAUGAAUGGCACCGUUCAGGAAGAGAUUUCAAAGGAAGGCAUCAUUUGGUCGAUUCUGAGCGUGCCUGCAGUCUCCUACCGAGAUUCUGGGAAAUAUGUGUGCAAAGCAACCAACUUCGUGGGCACUGCAGACGCCGUCAUCUCUUUGGUGAUCACAGAUUCUUUUCGGUCAGAGGAAGCAGGUGGCGGUGUUUCAAAGAGAACCAGAGGAAAGAAACCUGGUGGCAUUGGAAGAGCGGCAUACCAGGAGAAACUUAUUGCCAGAUAUGUUCCUCCACCAACCACCACUGCAGCCCAGCCAAUCAUCGAACCUCUCAAUGGCAAAGGUGUGACUGGAAAGUAUGAGAUUGAGAGCUACAGCAUCUCUGACAAUGCUUCUCAAGGACAAGGCAAGGCGUCAGACCCUCAGAGGACAGUGGAGGUUGAGCGGGAUGCUUUGAGUAACUUAGCAGCCAAUGCCUCAUUGUUACAGCAAGCUCCGGAGAAAAGGAUAGUGCGUUCGGUGAAGGUGAUUGGUGACACAGAUCAUACUGUCUCUCUGAACUGGCGAGCUCCCACUGCCACAAACACCACAGAAUUCAGUGUCCUGUAUGCCAUAUUUGGUGAGAGAGACAUGCGUCGGAUCAAUGUAGGUGCCGGAAGGAACCGGAUCACCAUCGAUGGCCUUGUGCCAAAGACAAAGUACAUUGCUUGUGUUUGCGUCAAAGGCCUGAUCCCAAAAAAGGAGCAGUGUGUAAUCUUCUCAACAGACGAGGCGGCCAGUGCUAGUGGCACUCAGAAGCUCAUUAAUGUAGUGGUGAUAACAGUAGCCUGUGUGAUUGCUGUCCCCCUGACACUGAUCGUGUGCUGCGGGGCUCUAAAGAAGCGCUGCCAAAAGCUGCUUGGCCGAGAAUCCAAGGAAAUGCAGGACUCAUACGUCACAUUUGAGACCCUUGGCCCCGGGGCCAAAGCUAAAGGGGUGGAGGGAGAGUAUCUGACGAGACUAAAUCCUGACGAAUCCAACAGACUACUAUCAGCGAGGUCCAGUGUUGACUCAGAGGCCACAGCCAGGACUGAGGGGCCACCGAAUGAGUACUUCUGCUAAAAUGGUUGCCACAAGCUCCGGAAGAUGCACUUUGUUUUCUAACAACCUGUGAUGUGAAUAGAUUAAACCACUGUGCUCAGAGACUCAAAAGACUCAAAUGAUCCUUUUUUUUGGACUAGUCAGAAUUGGAUGUAUGAAAUUGUUUUGCAGCCUUGUAAGAACAAAAAACACCAUUCAUUUGGUGGACAGCAAAAAAGGGAAAUGAAACACAGUGACAUGGUUUUAAUAUUUGCUCGUGUAAAUGUGUAAAAAUAACUUCUUUUUUUUUUAAAUUCAUCAUGCACUUUUAAAGGUGAUGUUUUGCAGAGGAAAAUGUCUUGAAAUGUUGCCCUAAACUGUAUAAAACACAAUACAUUUUAUUUUUCCCAAGAUGUAACCUCUGCAUCGUGUUAAAAUCUUUAUUUAAAGUAUCUAGAGAAAAGAUGAAGCCGCAGUUAUUAGUCUAUUUUAUAUGUCAGUAUGAUGUUAAUGUGCCAGGUUUACUGUUGGGUCAAAACCCUCAAAUACAG